AUCUGAUUGGUAUCCAAUAUCAAAAAAGGUGGCAACUCCUUCAAGAAAACGCUGAUUGAAUGUUGUUUUUGUUAUAACAUAACAUUAAAAAGAACAACAACUCCAUUUUUAAUUUCAAUUUAUCAAGCGACAACUUGACUUACAUACGUUUCAUUUAACCAAGCAACAAAAAGGAAACAUUUUUUUAGCCAUUUGCUGCCAAUCUGUAAGAUGCCUACUGCGCAGCAGACGUCUCAGCAGCAGCAGCAGCAACAGCAGCAGCACCAGCAACUGAGCAACGAUGAGAGCAAUGGAGUUAACUCCGAACUGAAAGCUGAAGAAGAUAACAUGCCAAAUUUGUCAACACUAUCGCUGGAUGAGCUGAAGCAGCUUGAUCGGGAUCCUGAAUUUUUCGAUGAUUUCAUUGAGGAAAUGUCAGUGGUACAACAUUUAAAUGAGGAACUUGAUUCCAUGAUGAAUCAAGUGGAGAACAUAUCACGUGAAAAUGAAAGCAAGGGCACACAUCUUGUUGAAUUAAAACGACGGCUUAGCGACGAUUAUACGGCACUUAAGACGCUCGGUGAAAAAUGCGAUCUACUAAAUAAAAAGUACUUAAAGAAAUCGGAAGAAUAUGCCCCGCAACACAUUCGAGAACUUCUGCAAAUAGCCGCAUCAAAUGCGGACGGUGAUUGCGAUCGCCAUGUCGAGCAUUUUCUGAAUGGCAAAAUCGAUGUUCAGACCUUUCUUAACACUUAUCAGAGCUCCAAAAAAAUUAGCGCAGAGCGCAAGGCCAAGGAGGAACGACUGGGUAGCCAGCUAACUGCAUUGGAGCGUGCAGGUAUAUAAGGAGAUGUUGGAAGAUUUAACUAUACUAACUCUCUCCCUCUACUUGAGUGAUCGCCUUACUCGUUAUUGUUUUACUGUUUGGUUCAUUACAAAGCCGCAAUAUAUAUACAUAUAUGGAGAUCAAGGAAAUAGCAAUGCAUUUUAGAACUUGAUCGCUUGAGAAAUGUGUAAAAUCUAGUUAUAUUUAUAUAUACAUAAUUAGUCAUUAAUAGGAGUUAAGUCGUUAGGGCAAUCAAAUUAUGGUUAGUUGUAUUUUACUAUAAAAUUUGUGUAAUAAUUGUAUCGUAAUUGUCGAUUGUGUGCGACUGUCCAAAUAAUUAAUUAUCCAAAAGAAUAUGCAUGCAUGUACCAAGGAAUUAUAGCGUGUAU